GGGCUGAGCCUCCCAGGGCCAGCUAUAAACUCCCGGGAGCUUCAGUGCCCUCAGCAAGGCUCAGCCACGAGCUUCGCAGCAUCUCAGACGCAGCCUAGGCCGCACCAGGAUGUCGGACACCGAGGAGCAGGAAUAUGAGGAGGAGCAGCCAGAAGAGGAGGCUGCGGAGGAGGAGGAAGCCCCCGAAGAGCCGGAGCCGGCGGCAGAGCCAGAAGAGGAGCGCCCCAAACCAAGCCGCCCUGUGGUGCCUCCUUUGAUCCCGCCAAAGAUCCCAGAAGGGGAGCGUGUUGACUUCGAUGACAUCCACCGCAAGCGCAUGGAGAAGGACCUGCUGGAGCUGCAGACGCUCAUCGACGUGCAUUUUGAGCAGCGGAAGAAGGAGGAAGAGGAGCUGAUUGCCUUGAAAGAGCGCAUUGAGCGGCGCCGGUCGGAGAGAGCCGAGCAACAGCGCUUCAGAACUGAGAAGGAACGCGAACGUCAGGCUAAGCUGGCGGAGGAGAAGAUGAGGAAGGAAGAGGAAGAGGCCAAGAAGCGGGCAGAGGAUGAUGCCAAGAAAAAGAAGGUGCUGUCCAACAUGGGGGCCCGUUUCGGCGGCUACCUGGUCAAGGCAGAACAGAAGCGUGGUAAGCGGCAGACAGGGCGGGAGAUGAAGCUGCGCAUCCUGUCUGAGCGUAAGAAGCCUCUGGACAUUGACUACAUGGGGGAGGAACAGCUCCGGGAGAAAGCCCAGGAGCUGUCGAACUGGAUCCACCAGCUGGAGUCUGAGAAGUUCGACCUGAUGGCGAAGCUGAAACAGCAGAAAUAUGAGAUCAACGUGCUGUACAACCGCAUCAGCCAUGCCCAGAAGUUCCGGAAGGGGGCAGGGAAGGGCCGCGUUGGAGGCCGCUGGAAGUGAGGACGCCGCCCCGGACAGUGACCUGCUCUUACCCACCCGGGAAGCGUGGGAGUGUUAGUCCCUUCGAUAGCUUGAAAUAAACGCUCCUCUCAGACACCUGCUGGUGUCUCUGAUGUUACUGUUGUGGA